CUCACCAUUACGCGGGUCGCCUGUAGCUUUUUUUCCAGUCGAGGCUUAGGGCGCGUUCCGUGUGGCUGGGCAAUGUUGGCUACGUACCCCCCCCCCCGCCCCCCUAAUCCAGCACUGCGGGUAGAGGUUUGGUUGAUCACCGCGCACAUUUGCGCUGCGUAGCGAGACUCCCUUCCCGUGGACAUCGAGGCCCGCCGGCAGAAUACAGUCGAGAAAAGUGUGGAUUAGUGUCGUCUGUCACUUCUGUUUGGGAUAGAGUGCGCCCCCCCACUUCCCCCCUGUCACGUGCGCGGAGUUUUCACGCAGUCUCGCAGUAUAAACGCUCGUGACUUAUUGGCUGUAAACAUCUUAACAUAUAGAGAACCGCAGAGCGAUCGUUCGGCGCUGGCUGGCUCAUCCGCCUGGCUUCCUUCCAGCUUGGUCCGUCGUUCCUGCUCAGCGUAUUGUGCGACGCAAUUUUGCACGAGCAGCGACAACAUUCAUCGACAUAACGAAUCAUUCUAUUCGUGUUGUUGUUGUUGAUAUUAGUGAGCUCGCCUCUACAUUCACAGCUCUCCGACUUGCUCAACAGGCGGUCCACUCGUCUCAAGGACGACCUUUGUCAGCGGAGGCCGAGCAGAGCUAUGAGAUCAGUAGCGGCGGCGGUGGUGCCAGCCGGGACCCAGCGGUGGCGGUGGUGGUGGUGGUGUUGUUGGGGCGCGGUUGCGGCUGCAUCUCUGCUCGCCCGGGGCUCGCCGAGCGCCGCGUGCAACACGGACUGCUCCUGCACUCGGGGUGGCAUCGUCGCCUGCAAUUACAAGCGACUGCGAGGGUUCCCCGCCGGCUUGCCCGAAAACACAACCAGCCUGGACCUGAGCAACAACCUCCUGAGCAGCAACCUCGACGCCUCGGGUCUCUCCUCCCUCCGGUUCCUGCAGAAGCUCUGGCUCAACAAAAACGCGCUGCGCACGAUCCCAAACGGAACCUUCCAGACCCUGAGACACCUCCAAAUGUUGGAUCUGCAGUUCAACGAUCUGGCGCGUGUCGACGUGGGGGCGUUUAAAGGGCUUUCGUCCCUGAAGUUCCUGUACCUGCACAACAACCGCUUGGAGAGCCUGCCUGCCGGAACGUUGGACCAUCUGCAGGGCUUGCGAGAGGUCCACCUGUACAAGAACGAGUGGAACUGCGACUGCCGGGAGAUCCUCUAUCUGAGCAAGUGGAUCGGGGACCACGGCAAGUUGGUGAUGAACCGCCUCAUGGCCAACGACCCGAGGAACGUGACCUGCUUCAAGAGUUCCAGGGCCGUGAUGGACAUCGUCGCCGCUGAUAAUUUCACGGCUGAUGGGUGCAGCGAUGUUCGCGUGACGUCUCAAGAAACGACGACGAAGACGACGACGUCCACGGCGAGCAGGAGGAGGGGGAAAGCGACAGCCACCCCCAGGAGGUCACCUCCGAGCAGCGGGAGCGGCUGCGAGCCGCGCGGAGUGGUGGUGGUGGUGGUGGCGGUGGCGGUGGUGAGCGCGCUCAUCCCGCUGCGCCUCCAUCUGAUUUGAAUGCACGGCACCCUUUCGUUGUUGCUGCUGCUGCUGCUGCCAGAAUCAAGAUGACAAGCAAAGACGAAUGGGCUUCGUUGCACUUUCUGGAGGGUGUUAAGAUGCUCGAACAUCGAUGAUCACAAGGCAUGACACAUUGUCUCGUGACAUGAAACGCGCAUGCACACAAACGCGUUCUUGGUGAUGUGCGCAUUGCAAGCGGUGUCUAUGUAGUGUUCGAACAUCUUAACACCUCCGGUAUUACUGUCAGAAAGGGUAACGCCUCGCCACUUGUUGAUGAUUUCAUUCCGUUCACCGGGGGGGAGGGUCUGCAGCCCAUCACCACCAGCAUCAUCAUCACCACCACCAGCAGCAUCAUCACCACCAGUAUCAU